AUGCUGAAAUUCAUUCUUCCCUUAUUGGCUCUUCUUGCCCUGAGCUCGGCACUGAAGAUCCACGACUACCACCAACAGGACCAUGAGGAAUACGAGCACCAUGAACCGGAGCAUGAGGAGACGGAACUGCACCACGAAGUGGAUCACAAACACGCUACUUCGCACCAGAGUGUCAAGUUCCAUCACUACCAUGCCGUGCCCGUUUACAUCAAAAAGGAGGAUCAGCAUCUGGUGAAGAAGCCAAUCGAGAUCGGAGGCAGCAAGCAAAAGCUAAAGAUCCUGCAUCCAAAGACGGAACACAACCAUAACCAUGGCCUGGUUUUGGAGAACCACAGCGAGUCGCAUCUUCACGAGCAUGGCCACUACGAGGAGCCAGUGGAGCACCAUCAUUCGGAGCACUACGAGCACUAUUCCCACCACGAGUAGGGAUUCAGAUCGAAGUCUGGAAUCCUCUUUGCCAAAUAAGUUGCGUUUCGUUAGUUUUAAGAUUGAAUGGUAUUCUUGUGUUAAUAAAGCAUUCUCCUAGAGUAAUAUUGAA